CCGUUUGCUGAAUGAUGAAGGACUUUCUAACUUGAAGCAAAACUUAAUAUUUUCUAAAAUUCACUCAUCCUAAGACUCUGUAAGCUGGUAGACGGAACCUUCAUGAGUUAAACUAACUGGCGAUUUGYUGUUUGUUGAUUUUACUUGACAAAAAUGGGUGACAGACUGGGCGAUAAAAAUGCUGCCAGUGGUUCGCUCCUGGGAAAGAUGGGUCGCAUUGCCUCAAUGAGGACGACGAAGUCUAAAAAGGACAAGUAUAAUGGUCAUAAAAAGGAACGUAUGGCCAGUACGAAAGAAGAAGAAGGAGAGGGCAACCAAGAAUUAGACGAAGAAUUAGAUCGAAUCAGACAUCUACCGACAGAUGAGUUCAACAAGAUGUUCGAGAAGAUGUUGGAUGAAAUGAAUCUAAAUGAAACCCAUAAAAACCCAAUUCGCAGUCGUGACAUGGCUACCAAGAUGGACAUGAUGCUUAGCUUCAAAAGAAGACAAUUUGCAUCGCAGCAAGAUUCAACGGAAGGACCAUCCUCUGCUAGUGACUAUGUUAGAGAACUUCAAAARACUGACGUAACACCUGAACAUUUGCUUAAAAUGUUACAAUCAUGCAGAGUAUCGUUAACGGGCAGACCGUUAAGUUGGAUCCAGGAGUUUGGUGAACCAGGAAUGACUUGUUUGCUAAACCAUCUUAGAACUACAUGCUCAAGCCAAGGGCAAAYAGAAAAACGAAUACAACAUGAGUGUGUGAGAUGUUUAAAAGCUUUUAUGAACAAUAAGUAUGGCUUAUCACUGACAUUAAAAAGUAAAGAUGGCYURACACUGCUUGCGCGAUCCAUGGAUCCAAAUUACCCAAGCAUGAUGACAGACGUGGUAAAAGUUAUUGCUGCUGUUUGUCUUGUUGAGCAUGAAAGAACCCUUGAAGCUAUUACCAUUUGUGGUGAAAUGGAGAAAAGAAGAGGACGUUUUARUAAAAUAGUACAAGCAUUACAUGAUGACCACACUGCACUCAAGGUUGCRUGUAUCCAAUUUAUAAAUGCACUAGUUAGUGGACCGACAGAGCUGGACUUCAGAUUGCAUCUUAGAAAUGAAUUUAUUAGGGAAGGACUAAAUGAAGCUGUACAGGACUUACGCGAUCUUGAAAAUGAUGAUUUAAAUGUUCAACUUGACAUCUUUGAAGAACACAAAGAUGAUGACGCUCUUGAAUUCCAACAUCGAUGGAAAGAUAUUACUAUUAAUUUUGAAGAUCCAGUGGAAAUAUUUCAAGUGUUAAAUAACUUAGUCCAAGAUACUCCAGCAGAUCUUUUAUUCCUGUCUAUAUUACAACAUUUACUACUUGUGCGAGAUGAUGUGUAUGCAAGGCCUCAGUACUACAGACUGAUUGAAGAAUGUGUAUCACAAAUUGUCCUUCAUCGUAGUGGUGUAGAUCCUGAUUUUAGUGCUCGUAAAUUUCAACUUGAUAUAGAACCAUUAAUAGAGGGACUUGUCGAAAAGGCGAAAUACGAAGAAGCAGCCGAAAAGUCUUCACAACUAGAAACACAAUUGGCAUUAGAAACUACACUGCGGCAAGAAUGUGAAGCAAAACUCAAUCUGACAACAACAAAYUUUGAACAGAAAAUAAAAACACUGGAAACCCAAGUAGAAGAGUUAAAGAAAGGAGGGGCUGUACCUGGGGGAGGUGGAGUCCCAAACAGAAUGCUAGGUGUUGCACCACCUAAGUCUCGUGUGAGGACACUUGAACCCCUCAGGCUUUCUUMUUCAUUUGAUGAACAUCCUUCUGAUUUCUCUCAUUCUUUAAAACUUGACACAAAAGGUAUCUCGCCAUCUGCAUCACUUCAAACCUUUUCUAAUUUCCCACCCUUUUCUCCACUUUCUUCAUCAGUUCCUCACCUAUCAAAGAAACCUUUUUCAAUACUGACAAACUUUCCUUUGGAUUCUACUGGAGCUCAAUCAGUUCCUUUUGGUUAUCCAGAGAAUUUACCCAUCACUCCUCCUCAGUCAUUUGCCUCAGGACUGUGUGAUUCUCURGGUUCCUUUGRAUCCUCAGUAUCCACUAUUCCUUCAGAGACAUUAUCACUUGACCAGUUCUCAUUCCAUCUUGAUUCAGAGGAAGAACAACAUGGGCAGCUUUCUCCUGAAUUACCUUCCUCUCCAGAUUCAUUUAGCUCAGCACAAGAGUUUACAACACCACCAAUGUCUCCAUCACCUUCGCAGUCAGUGACGUCAUUGCUGUCAUCAUCCUCUGAUACACUAGUGGCUUCACAAAUGUCCCUUGAURUGAAAGACUAUGAUUUUCAUAGUGUCAAACCUGUGCCUUCUCCAUCAUCAUCAUUGUCACUUGCAACAAUAUCAUCAUUGUCAUCAUCAAUGUCAUCAUUGCCGACACCACCACYAAUCUCUUCAACAUUAACAUCAUUACAACCUCAGACAACACAAGCACUUCCAUCACAAUCUACCWCAUCACCAUUGCYAGCACCACAAGCAUUAUUGCCUUCACGAACACCKUCUCCUCCACCACUACCUGUGUCACCAUCAUCAUCAUCAUCACAAUUACAAUCAUCAUCACAAACACAGCCACCAACCCUACCAUCAUCACAAUCACAGCCUCAGUCAACAGCCCUAAAAUCCACUUCUCACAGUUCUCUCCACCCUUCACCUUCUUUGUUAGAAUCCUCUCCUCCAUUGCCUUCUGCUUGCAUGUCUAAUACUAAUGCAACUAGCACUAAUGCUAGCAUAUCUUGUGUAACAUCUCUUCCAGCUCAUCCAUCAUCUCUAACCUCACAAUCAUCAGCAUUUCUUUCAUCAUCAUCAUCAUAUGCUAUCAGUAGCGUGUCUCAUCCUACUGAAACYGAAGAUGGUACUCCAACAACAGGGCCACCUCCACCACCACCACCKCCUGGUGGAGCACCACCACCACCUCCACCACCGCCACCAGGAAUAGGAGGGGGACCUCCACCUCCUCCUCCUCCACCCCCUGGUAUGGGAGGUGCACCACCACCACCWCCUCCACCCCCACCAGGAGGAGGGCCUCCUCCACCACCACCACCACCUGGAAUGGGAACGCCACCACCUCCUCCUGGUAUGGGUCCACCACGUCCUCCUGGUAUGCCUGGUAUGCCAUCACCAUUCACACCACCAGGAAUGAAYCUUCCUGCUGGCAUUGCUCCUAAAAAGAAAUACAAACCAGAAGUACAAACCAAGAGAGCUAACUGGAAUAAGAUUAAUAAUAGRAAUCUAACAGAAAAUUGCUUCUGGGCAAAAGCAAAAGAGGAAAAACUUGAACGAAAGGAUCUUUUUGAAGAACUCUCAAAGACAUUUGCUGCUAAAAGUGCAAAGAAACUGGAUAAAGCAGAUGGACAGGAAAAGGAACCUGUGCAGAAGAAGAAGGUUAAACAGCUGACCGUAUUAGAUGCAAAAAGUGCUCAAAAUAUGUCCAUUUUCCUGGGUUCUUUGAAAGCAAGCCAUGAAGAUAUCAAAAAGUAUAUUCUGCAUUGUGAUCAGGAAAAGCUUGAUACUAGUGCUAUUGAAUCGUUACUGAAAUACCUCCCUUCAGCAGACCAGAUGGAACAGUUAUCGAACAUGAGAGAAAAAAUACAUGAACUUAGUGAACCAGAACAGUUUGCAUGUCUUUUAAGUGAUAUCAAGAAUCUUGAAAACAGRUUAAAAAUUAUGUUGUUUAUGAUGCAAUUUCCUGAAGAAAUGACAGACACAAAACCUAGUGUUGUAAAUGCAACAGCAGCUUGUCGGGAGGUCAAGACAAGCCCAAAGUUUGGAAAACUGCUAGAGGUUAGUCUUAGGUGUUUGAACCACAUAAUAGUGUCUCAUGGGGAUCAAAAGUGAGAUAUUGGGAUCACCUGGGAUCAGGGAUAAAUAUACGAGGACUUUGAGGCUCAAAGAAUUGCUUUCCUUUGUUGUUAUUUCUAAUGUUUGAAUUUCUCUUUUGAGGAAACAAAUCGCAAAUGUUUUGUAAGCAAAAGUGAAAUAAUCUGAAGUCAGGUCC